GCCACGUGCGCGCGGGCACCGUUAAUGCGCGGGUGCCCGGGAGCUGCGGCCUCGGGGCCCGCGGGGCUUUGCGGCUUGGCGCCGGCUGUCCUCUCCUCAUUUCCCUCGCACGCCUCCCCUCCCCAGCGCCCGGUCCGGUCGGCGGCGGAUCCCCCAGCGGCCGGGGUCGGGAGCCGAGGCCGCACACACCCGCGCGGUGGGACGGAGGCCGCCAUGCCGGGUAAAGGGAAGAGAGGCAAAGGGCUGGGCAAGCCCCGCGGGAAGAAGCAGAAGAAGCCGGAAGUGGACAUCCUGAGCCCUGCCGCCAUGCUGAACCUGUACUACAUUGCGCACAACGCCGCGGACUGCCUACAGCUGCGUGGUUUCCGCUGGCCCGGCGCGCCCAGGGGGAAAAGGGGCAAGAACAAGACCUAAGGGAACAGAGACUGGGAUAACUGGACAACGACUGCAGCAAAAUAGACUUUACUGAAGACAUUUGGAAACGCAUGCUCAGCGUGCUUUUCGGUGGUAAAUUAGGAUUUAAUGCAUUUUACUUCCUCGGUGAAGCCAGGUAUAGCUAAGGGGAGGUUUUUCAAGUUAAGGGAAACAAGUCUGAGUAAUUCUUACACAGUGUGGUGGAAUUCAUACUACUUUUAAUGAUUCUGCGCCAGAAUUAAACCUUGCUCUCGAAAGGCA